AGAGGAGAAAGUAGAAACCGAGAAAGGAAGAAAAACGCAGUGCUUGUUCUUUUUGGCGCCUCCGAAGUUGGAAACCCUCGCUUCACGCCGUCUCCUCAGUCCCAUCUCCGGCUCCGUUCCCUCUCGCCGGCCGGAGAUUCCAAUUCUUCGCGUGCAGCCAUGGGGGGGAAGAUACAGAAGAGAAGGCAAGAUAAGAAGAAGAUGCGCGACGAGAAAAAGCACUCAAAAGUAUCUGAGAAGGAGAACAAGAGCAGCAAUGAGAGAAGACUGAACAGAAGGGGCCCUCGCUUGGCCCCCUCGCUGCAGAGGGAAAUCGAUCGAAUGAACGGCACUAAUGGGUUCGACAGUUAUGAGGGCGGCGAUUCUGAUGCGGGAGAGACUUUUACCGGGGAUUUUUAUGAGUAUGAAGAGGUUAUUCCGGAGGAGGAGUCCAAGAAGAACCGCCGUUACGAUGCAGUUGACAACUAUGAGUACGAGCUGCCUGAUCAUUUUAAGGACGAGAAUAUAUUCUCCGAUGACGAGGAGGAGGGAGCUUAUGGAAGGGAUGGUAAAGGAAACUUGAAUGAUGAUUCAGAUGAUGCUGAUCCUAAAAAUGACGAUAGUGGAAGUCACGCUAGGAUGUUACAAAGUAUUACUGGAAUGCCACGUGAAGCAUUUGAAGGGAAGAAGAAAAAUAAUGUUGUUGUAUCUGAGGCAUAUCAAGAGUCUGAAUAUAAUCCCAGUCGUGAUGUUUUGGAUGGUAAUGGUCGCAUUAGCAUUGAAGACCUUCUUGAUCCUCUUCAAGGAAAACCUGGCUAUAGCAUGCUUAGAAAGAGAACAUAUCAAACAGAGAAAAAAUCAAUGGCACUGCAGGCUCCACUUCCUAAAUCAGAUCGAGAAAGAGUUGAGAGAAAAGUGGCUUAUGAACAGUCAAAGAAAGAAGUCAGUAAGUGGGAGCCAAUAGUCAAGAAGAACCGGGAGGCUCCUACCCUGUACUUAGGUGAAGAAGCAGAUUUGGGAUAUUCUACUGUAGGAGCAAUAGCUUCUGAAUUUGAACCCAGAACUGAAAUUGAGAAGAAAAUUGCUUCACUUGUUCAUGAUGGGAAGAUCAUUGAAGCUCACAGAAAAGAUGGUUCUAAGCUUCUUGAAUUAAACAAGAUAUCAUUUGAGGAUGAGAAGGAUCGCCAGAAUCGCAUUGCUAAAAUGCGCAGCCUUCUUUUCCGUCAUGAGCUGAAGGCAAAACACAUUAAAAAAAUCAAAUCAAAAACUUACCAUCGUUUGUUGAAGAAAGAUAGAGUGAAGGGGGCGUCUGCCCAAAUUGAAAUGGAUCCUGACGCUGCUAAAGAAUUGGCAAUGAAGCAGGAGUUCAAACGGGCAGAGGAGCGCAUGACUUUGAAACACAAAAAUAGCUCACGGUGGGCAAAGCGCAUUUUAAGUCGUGGUUUGGAUGCCCAAGAUGAAGGUACACGAGCUGCAAUAGCUGAUCAACUCCACCAGCAUGCUACUUUGACACGAAAAAUGAACACACUGAACGAUAGUAGCAGUAGCAGUGAUGAAAGUAGUGAUGAGGAUUACUCAGAUGAGCAGUCAAUGGAUGAAAACUACAGCGGGGCAUCAAAGUUGUUGGAGAGAGCAAAAGAGAAGACUUUAAAAGCAUUAGAAGAUGGGGAUGAAGCUCCAGAAUCAGGAUUGCUUGCUUUGCCUUUCAUGGUACGUGGAAUGAAGAAAAGGGAAGAGGCAGCUGCUGAAGAGGCUAAACUUGCCCUUCAGGAAUUUGAAUCGCUUUCGAAGCAGCUUAAUAAUUCUGCAGAGACGGAGAAUAUAAAUACAGGAACUACUAGUGGUAGAAGAACCUUUGGUGCAAUGAAAAAACCUGCUCCAGAACCAAGAAAUAAGAUGAAAUCAGAAAAUUAUUAUGGUGACACUGAUGGCGAAGACGAUAAUGAGGCUAGAGAAGAGGUUGAUGCUGGGGACCAUAAAAGUAGCAGUCCAGUUGUUGAUGUGAACAUUGGUUCUGAUAUUAUUUAUGAAGACUCCAAGAGGCAUCAACAUUCAGUUUUUAAAAGCUUUGAUGAAACUGUUAGAGAUCCAGGUCCUAAGACAACAUAUGAAGUUUCCAUUUUUGCAUCAGACACAUGGAAAAAGGUGAAAAAUCCUGAAAAAAAACCGAAUACUACAACCGCUGCCACCAAAUCUAAACCAGCUUUACAACGUCAAGUUCCCAAGGAAACUGUUCAAGAUGUGGAUGAUCAAAGCGAGUCGGAUCAUGAGCUGAUGGUAGAAGGGGCUCUUUCCUCAGCUAAUAACGAGUCUUAUGAACUUCCAUCUCAAGCAGAGUUGAUUCACGAAGCUUUUGCAGGAGACAAUGUAGAGGAGGAAUUUGAGAGGCAAAAAGAGGAAAUUCUGAACGAGGAAAAUCCCGAGCCUGAAAAGCCUGUACUACUACCUGGAUGGGGCCAAUGGACUCACGUCCAGAAGAAAAAAGGCUUACCUUCUUGGAUGCUGGAAGAACAUGAUCGUGCUAACAAGAAGAGGCAGGAAGCUCUCAAGAAUAGGAAGGAUGCAAAUCUCAAACAUGUUAUCAUCUCUGAGAAGUUGGAUAAAAAGGCUGAGAAACUCUAUACAAAGACACUGCCUUUUCCUUACAAGGAGAAGGAUGUAUUUGAGCACAGCAUCCGCAUGCCUAUCGGCCCCGACUUCAACCCAGCAUCAGCAAUUGGAGCUCUUAAUCGACCCGAGGUUGUGAAGAAGUCUGGUGUUAUCAUAAAACCAAUCGAAUAUGAGGAAGUCGAUCCUCAUCGGAAAGUCGAGGAGCAAAAACAAGGUGGGCAGAAACAGAAGAGAAAAAAUGGCAAAAGCAACAGUGGAAAAACGGCCAAAAAGAUGAAAAAAGCUGGGGCAUAAAAUCAGUUGAUGAUUAGAUUACAGCCUCACGGCCACAGCUUUGGCGAGGCUUGCAGCAGGCAAAGGUGAGAACUUGGAUAGAGAGGGUGAUUUAGGAAUCUAUUUGAUGGAAAAUUUUGAUCAAUUUUGGGCUGAGGCAAUCUGAUAAUAGUUAGGCUUUAUUUAUAUUUUAUUGUAUGAUUUUAGUUUAGUUCAAUCCAAUUUUGCGCUGUAUCAUUAUUUUUUGUAUGAAACCUGGAUUGGAAAUUUUUGUUGAUA